AUGACACUCCUCGUGCUAGUCUUCGUACUCCCCAAAACUCUGCGUUCAAAGACGCUCGCCGCUGCUUCCCUUCCUGCUUCUACUCCCGAGAAGCAACCAACCGGAAAUCUCAAACGCGUCUCAACUACACAGUCUGUUGCCGAGAAGUCCAAAUCUGUAGCCUCCCACCUCCGCCGCAUCUUCGUCGAUCCCUUCUCCAUCCUACUCUACCUCCGUUUCCUUCCUAUCGCCCUCACAGUGUACUACGCCUCCAUCACUUUCGCCUUCCUCUACUUUCUCAACAUCUCCAUCCAAAAGACAUUCUCAUCCGCUCCCUACAAUUAUUCCACCCUUGUCGUCGGCCUCCUUUAUAUCCCCAGCUCCGUCAGAUAUAUGCUCGCAUCUCUCUUGGGUGGAGUCUGGAUUGACCGCAUCAUGCACCGAGAAGCGCGAAAAGCCGGCCGCUACGACGACAAGGGCAAACUAAUCUUCCGCCCCGAAGACCGGAUGCGUGAAAACGCGUGGAUAGCAGCCUUUCUCUAG